AUGAAACCUGUGAUCGAUACUAACAGCCCACCUCAAGAGAAUCCCACUUUGGAGGCCGAGGAUCUAUUAAAGAAGUCAACUUUCUCAAUCAGACGCAAUCGAUUGUACACCAUUCUGGAACAUUUAGAGAACAAAAAUUUAAGGGUUAACAAAAAACAUAUAAUCGAGGGUAAAAAGCGUGGAAAAGUACAUUGCGAACCAGUCUACAAGUACCAGAAAGUAGCUCGCCUUACUCGGAAUGGCUAUCUUAACAUUUUGAGGGACUACAAGAGGCUCUUCUGCGGGAUUUUACCUCAAGAUAUGGUACGUUUUGGGGCUAGGCAAUGGAAUCAGCUGUCCCUCGAUGAAAUGAAACGCUUUAAAACUAUGGGAACCUGUGACCAUAAAAAGGGGCCAUCUCAAAAGUUCGAGAGUCCGUCUAAUAAGGAAAGCACUGGUGAAUCUAAACGGGGGAAACUAUGUCAAAAGCGCUUGGAGGGAAGGGAAAGGAUCUCAUCAAGAUCGAAGAAGAGUCAGCUUAAGAAACGCGACUCAAAUCCUUUGGGCUCUGCGAUUGCCUACAUUCAUUUCAUGCGCAAGUUUCAGAAAAAGAACCCUAAUUUGGAGGCCAAGGAUCUAUUAAAGAAGGCAACCCAUAUGUGGUUCCGUCUACAAGGACAUAAGCGCCAACAAAUUGAAAGCCCUCUUUGGUAGAGUUUUCUAAAUAUAAAAGUGUUUACAGAUAAUAAUUAGCAAACUAUUUUAGGAUCGUAAAAACAGGAUAGGAAGAAACACUCAAUUUCUAGCAAUAUUGAAAUGUUUAAAUUUUAUGUGAAAAGUAUUAGAGUAAUAAGGAUUUGUCAAAUGUUCUGAAAUAAAAUUUGUAAUUUGUA